GCUGUGCCGUCGGCCGACCCACCGUGCGCUGUCGCGAUGGCGCUUUACAAUUUCAAGAAGAUUAUGGUGGUUCCCACCGCAAAGGAUUUCAUCGACAUCACUUUGUCCAAAACCCAAAGGAAGACGCCCACCGUGAUACACAAGCACUACCAGAUCCACCGUAUCCGUCAUUUUUACAUGCGCAAGGUUAAGUUUACCCAGCAGAACUACCAUGACAGGCUCUCCCAGAUCCUCACAGACUUCCCCAAGCUGGAUGACAUCCAUCCAUUCUACGCUGAUCUGAUGAACGUGCUGUAUGACAAAGACCACUACAAAUUGGCCUUGGGACAGAUUAACAUUGCCAAGAAUUUGAUCGAUAAUGUUGCUAAAGACUAUGUGCGUCUGAUGAAGUAUGGAGACUCUCUGUACCGGUGUAAGCAGCUGAAGAGGGCGGCUUUAGGGCGUAUGUGCACCAUCCUGAAAAGGCAAAAGCAGAGCCUGGAGUACCUGGAACAAGUGCGUCAGCAUCUGUCCCGUUUACCAACCAUUGACCCCAACACUAGGACUCUACUGUUGUGUGGUUACCCCAAUGUCGGCAAGUCCAGCUUCAUCAACAAGGUCACGAGGGCCGACGUGGAUGUCCAGCCUUACGCUUUCACCACCAAGUCCUUGUUUGUGGGUCACAUGGACUACAAGUACCUCCGCUGGCAGGUGGUGGACACCCCGGGUAUCCUCGACCACCCCCUGGAGGAGAGGAACACUAUCGAGAUGCAGGCCAUCACGGCGCUGGCUCACCUGCGCUCGGCCGUGCUUUACGUCAUGGAUGUGUCGGAGCAGUGCGGCCAGACUCUGAGCCAGCAGCUGGAACUCUUCAACAACAUCCGGCCUCUGUUUGCCAACAAGCCUCUCAUAGUCGUGGCCAACAAGUGUGAUGUGAAGAAGAUCAGUGAACUAUCUGAGGAGAACCAGAAAAUCUUUCUGGACAUCUCCGCAGAGGGCAUCCCCAUCAUUGAGACCAGCACGCUGACGGAGGAGGGAGUGAUGCAGGUUAAAACGGAGGCCUGCGACCGGCUCCUUUCCCACCGUGUCGACACCAAGAUGAAGGGCAAGAAGGUUCAUGAUGUGUUGAACCGGCUGCAUCUGGCCAUGCCCACCAAAAGAGACGAGAAGGCAAGGCUGCCGUUUAUCCCAGAGGGAGCCUUGACACGCAGAAAAGCUAUGGAGGUGGAUGCACCCAAGCGCAAACUGGAAAAGGAUCUGGAGAUGGAGCUUGGAGAUGACUACAUUCUGGACUUGCACAAGUACUGGGAUCUGAUGAACGAGGAGGAGAAGUGUGACAAGAUUCCUGAACUCUGGGAAGGCCACAAUAUCGCCGAUUACAUCGAUCCUGAAAUCAUGAAGAAACUGGAGGAGCUUGAGAAGGAGGAGGAGCUGAAGGAGAGGGCUGGGGAGUAUGACUCCGAUGAGGAGAGCGAGGAUGAGGAGAUGCAGGAGAUCCGCGCGUUGGCCAAACAGAUCCGCCACAAGAAGCAGCUCAAGAUCGCCGCCUCCAAGGAGAAGGACAUCCAUGGGCCACGCAUGCCCAGGACCGCCACCAAGGUGGAGAGGAAGACCUUGGAGAAGGAGAUGAGCGACCUGGGUCUGGAUAUGACGGACAAAGAUAAUAGCCAUUACGCAGCUCAGGGCCGACGGUCUCGUAGUGUUGCCAAGAAACGCAAACGUGACACCUCGGUGCUUCCCACCUCUAAAGCCCGCAGCCAGAGCGCCUCCCGUCCCCCUCGAGACAAGUCUGGUGUUCGUGAUGCCAAGAUGGCAAAGAAGGUCAAGACAAUGAUGAAAAAAUCCCAGAAAACCAUGAACCGCGAGGGCAGGAAGGGCGAGUCAGACAGACAUGUCUUCGAUUUAAAACCCAAGCACCUUCUGGCUGGAAAGAGGAAAUCGGGGACAACGGACCGCAGAUAAAAGUGCCCGGUUCAGACUGUCAGGACUCAGCACUGCUCCUCCUUCUUACCAAGAGGUUCCAGUGUAGCGGAGUCUGUUCAGAUUCAAAUCCAGCCUAUUGUCUCUGCAUUCGCCUGUCCUGCUUAUUUGUAUUCACUCGCAGAGUAAAACCUCACGAGGAUCCCUUUUUUUCCCAGGGGCAUUCUGGGGGUAUGGUGGUGUUUGUGUGUUUGUGUGGAAGGUAGUUGUGGCUGGUGGCAUCAUACAGCACAGCAGAGCUUCCACGGAAGAUCAAACACCUGUUUGAAUGAGACACGAGUGAAUAAAGGUCAGUGUCUGUUUUUGUCAGUACAAGCUGUGGCGUAAUUUUAAGUCCUGAAGGAUAAUAUCGUUAUCAAAAUUGGGUGCCAUUAAAUCUGUCAUGAAUAACCCAGGGGUGUAGUUUAGGCUUAAGUUCUCUUCGUUACCCACGCUACAAAAUAAAUUUAAGUAGUAAAGAUGAUUCUAAGAGAUAAAUAAAAGAGAAUAACCAAGUCAAAUGUAGUUUGGAGCAGGUCUUAGUUAAUUUUCUUCGGCUCUUUUCAACCAAAAUUCAGGACAAAAGAAACCAAUCUAAUAUUGUAACACGUUCUCUCAAAACCACUUUCGUACACACUUUAGUUCAUUCCCGUUUCAUAGAAAAACACUUCAUCGAAAGAAAAUGAAUCAGCCGUACUAAAUUGUCCAUAGGUGUGAAUGUGUGUGUGUGUGUCUCGGCCCUGUGGUGGCCUGGUGGCCUGUCCAGGGUGUCUCCCCGCCUGCCGCCCAAUGACUGCUGGGAUAGGCUCCAGCAUCCCGUGACCCUGAGAGCAGGAUAAGCGGUUUGGAUAAUGGAUGGAUGAAAGUUACAGUGUCCCCUUACUUAACUUUAGGCAGUCCUCAGUUAUAUCAGUGUCUCUUAACAAGUGUCCAAAAAAAAAGAGCUACAGAUGUAACUAAAGGUUUGUGUGAGAGUGUGUGUAUAUAGAGAAUUUAGUCUCAAAUUGAGACGGGAGUAGGUAUUUCAGAGAGGGCAGAGUCCAGGCUGGGAGAGAAAUUGAUGUCCAACAGAGGGGUAAAUACGAGAAGGGUCUGUGUUCUUGAAGUGGGAAGAGUAGAGAGGGGUAAUGAGGAAAAAGAUGAUUUCUUGGUUGGCAGUUGUGAGAUAUAAGAGGGGGCCAUCUUAACCAUUAGAAGCUAAGAGAUUGUCCUCAAAUUCAGUAAGAUGGUCCAAGAACAUAGUUCUCCAGGUAAUGAAACAGUUCCAAUCAAACAUAACAGGAGCCAAAAGGUAACAAAACAAAAACAAAACAAAAACCCCAAUCAAACCCACUCUUAGUGUUUUCCGGCAAUGGUCGUCCUAGAGUCUGAUGUGGCUCAGGGAUUCUUUACGCCCCUAAACUCUUGCUAUGACUUAAUAUAAACGAGAAACCAAAAUGGAUUUAAACUUGGCUUGUAUUUUAGAUUUGACUUGAACACACUCGCCACUCUUCCCUGCAGUGUGCCUGUCCUCUCUCUCACACACACUCCCUCACAGACGUCAGCAAUUAUCACCCUCUGUGUGCAGUAAAGGAGUAGUCUGCUGUUUUUUGGCUCGUCUGCUACAAAGCAUUUGGCCAAUGGAUUUAAACUUGGCUUGUAUUUUAGAUUUGACUUGAACACACACGCCACUCUUCCCUGCAGUGUGCCUGUCCUCUCUCACACACACACUCCCUCACAGACGUCAGCAAUUAUCACCCUCUGUGUGCAGUAAAGGAGUAGUCUGCUGUUUUUUUUUUUGGCUCAGCUGCUGCAAAGCAUUUGGCCAAAAACAAAAGUUUGAGAGACUCAAAAAAAAAAAAAAAAAACCCCACAAGAACUUCUAUGGGAAGGUGCAGACUCACUCACAUUGUGGAGCGAUUGUGGUCUGUCUUGGGACUUGGAAAGCUGAUGUUUCGGGGGGAAAUGAUUAAAAAGUUGUGACGAUGCCGUAUGUUAAAGGAAAAACUGAGCUGUAUUCGCCUUCAAGUGAUUCCUAGAAAGUGUUUUAAAAUGAAAACAUACUACGCCUUAAACUCAUAUGUGGGUCAGGUGUUGCUUGGUGUGGUUGCAUGGCAAAGUGAGGGUGACCUCCUUUACCUCUGAAAUGCCAAAACGGAGCCGAAUAAAUGCAACGCAACUACAAUGUC